GGCCAAGAGAAGAGAGGAGCAGCAUAAUAUUUGAGUUCCAAAAGUUAUUAUUUUGGGUGUAGAUAAUUGUUAUAAUAUUUUCUCCAAAAUAUUAUUGAUAUAUUUUCUACUAUUUAAUAUACAAGAUUUAUAUUAUCUCUAAAAUAAUCUUUAUAUCAAAUAUACUAUUAUAAUCUUUACUAGCAUAAAGAUUAUAGUAGACUCUGGAGAUUGUUCGUGUGUCAAAGUUGGAGGCCGGACGCUUGAACGGCUACGUUUGCUCCUUCACCACCUUUUGCUCGACUUCUCGUUCAUACCGCUUUACCGGAGAAGGUAACGGAAGGGAAAUUUAUUCCUCUCAUCGUCAAUAUGCUUAUCCUUUUGUUACUUUCAAUCAACGACGAGGGCCACGAUGGAUGGAUCGCUUUGGCUAUUCAUCCUUCGAUGAUGUUUACCACGGGAAGCAAAUGCUUAGAACAAAGCCCCAACCUAUUGAUUUCAAGCUUAAUGGUAAUACUCUCAAUCGGAUUCACUCUUUCCGGAUUCAAUCGAAGAUCUUUAUUCUCUUUCAGUCUUAUUACAACCAAAAUUUCUGCAUUACUGAGAUUGGGCGUAGGCAAUAUCAUAUUUGGUUUAGUAUUGAAGAUAUGAAAUGGCUUAUUGAAAUAUUACCAUCAUUAAGCAAGAGGAAUCCUUGGGCAAUUACUAGGUAUGAAAAAUUCCGAAAGCUCUCUAUUUUGUUUGGGUCCAACAGAUGGGGUAAUUUCAUUAGGAUUGUUGAGUCAAGAGUUGAAGGUGGUGGCAAUUCAAUUUUUGUACCAGUCAUCAAUGAUAGAUGCAUCAAGUUCUUCUCUGCCAUUGACUCUUUUUUUGGUAAGUCAAAGUUUGAUAGCCCGAAGGUGCAACUGGUUACAGCAGGCCAGAAGCAGUCAGAUAAGUCAGCUAAUGUUCACAGUGAUGCAGUUUCAAAGAUUUUUAAAGCUGAUCAGCGGCCUAUGGAGGAUUUAACUAAUCACGAGGUAAAUUCUACUGAGUCUGGAUUUAUUAUGUCGAAUGGGGACAAGAAUGGUUCGAUGGUUGAGGAAUUUCCAGCCUUACCAAUCUGUUGUAAGACUAAACUCCCACCAGGCCCUCUUACACUGGAACCAGUAGGUUUAGAAGGGGCUUUGGAUCAGUUUGCAAUUCCUCCAGUGUCUAAUCCCACGACAAGUUCUAAGGAUUUGGUAGCUGCUAGUUCCAAGGAUGAUAACAAUCUGAAUAUCAUGGUUCAGGCACUUGGUGAGACUUUUUAUCAGCUUUGGAUCCAAUUCUUACAACUCAAUAUUGCCAAACUGGCACCUUUUGAAGAUGACCUUCUAUCCAAGAGGUUCUUUCAAGAACAGUUUGCUGCCAAAGAGUAUGGUCAGUCUUCUAACACCAAGGAUCCCUCGGUUAACUCCUUAUCCCAUCACUCUUCUCAAGAGGCUCAACCUUCUGUGGAGCAAGGAACAAUUGAUAACUUGGCUAUUGUUGAAUCAUUGGUACCUAUUCAGGCAGUUUUUCCGGAAGAAGAGGGUAAUAAAGCAGGUCAUUUCUCUGCUCCUGUUUAUCAUUCCGACACAGAAAUUUUUGUUAAGGAGGACAACAUUGCUUUUCUACCAUUCUUCAGAGAUAAUAAGGAGUUCGAUCCUGACCCAGAACCAAACAGAGUAUGGUAUCCAGAUGACGGUAUUGAGCCUGAUGACCAUCUACAACGGUGGGGAGGACCUAAAGGUCUUACGAAAUAAUGAUCAGAGCCGGAUCAUUUUUGAAAGAGGCGGUGUUUGUGCAUCAAGCCCUCCAGCUCCUAGGAGAAGCCUUAGGCUUGCCCGGCGAAGGCGCUCUCCCUCCCCAAUCUGCUCUGAGUAUUCUAAUGAGUCCGAAGACCAAUGGGGGUUUUGCAGUCUGCCUUCUGUUCGGCCUCGUAAGAAGGAGCUGUUGAGGUUUUCUUGAUUUAGUUUUCCUGGUUUUUCGUCCUUCCUGGGGUGUUGGGUGCGUCUAUUUGAUUUUUGACUUUUGAGUGAUGGCAACACAAUAUGGAGUUAUUUGACUUGGGUUACUCUUUUUUGAAAGUGGUUUCCUGUUGAAAGAUUGGUACUUUAUUUGAUAGUUUGGCUUCGAUGGGAUUAUAGUGCUUUGUAUACUUCAAUCGACAUGGGUUUCUUUCACGACUUUAUUUGCUAUCAGGUGCGCUCUUCCAGGUCUGAUGCCCGUUCCCUUAGGCCAUGGGGAUUUGUAGUACUCGGUGCAUAUAUGGAUUUGAAUGCUCUCUUUGGUGCUGGAAGUAUGGUUGUUACCAAUUUGUGGGCUGGUAAUCAGUUGGAUUGUUCGGUUAGAUCAUUAGCUUGUUUUGGGUGUAUCUCGCUUUCACUGUUUUGGUCCUUUGUUC